UUUGUAAUGUUUUGAAGUACCAUCUCCUUGGGAGAUUUGCACCAAACAGCUUGCAUUUUAUUUACAGGAAAAUGAUCCGCGGUAUAGCAUUAACAGCUAUACGCCAAGCGGUUCAGGCCCGUACGAUUGUUAGUCGUCUCCCAUCCGUGCCUGCGGCAGUGGUACCGUUGGCGGGACGCAGUUUUUCUAGCUUCCUGCGAUGCAACGAGGGUUCUUCACUUCGCACCGUCAUUGCAAAAACGAAUGGAUGCAGCGUACCUAAGCCCACCGCAUCCCUUCGGCUGCUUGAUUCCUUGCAAAGCAUCCCAACUCUGCAGACCCAACCGAGUCGAACAGUGAUUAAGUUUUCUUUGCGAAAAGGCAAAAGGAAGACUGUGAAAGCGGUAGUCAAACGGUUCAAACGACUCCACUGGGGAGGUUGGAUUCGCACCAUAUCCGGACGUCACAAGAAGCUGUGGCGCAAAAAAGGGAACCGCAAGCGCCGCCUUCGCCAACAUGUACUCGUAAAUGGAACGCAGGCCACUCUGCUAGACAAAAUGGUUACGAAGUACUGGAAACGUCCUAGGUACUACAUUGAUGAUCCAUAUGCACCCUAUCACACCAGGGAGGAGUUUGUGUAUACCAGAAGAAAGCCAUUGAAGUGAGAUUGGUUGUAAAGUAUUUCGUGGUUUAGUUUGAUCAUUAAAAUUAA